CCGCCGAGGUAGCUGUAGCUGUAGUGGACAGUGUGUUUAGGCCCUUGCUAGCUGUAAGUUAUGUUCUUAUAAACAGUGGACUAGUGUGUGAGUGCUAUACAAGAUGGGAGCCGGAGAAGAAACCCAACCUUUGUUGGUGUCUGCCAAAAAGAAGACUUCUGCUUCCAAAACCUACAGUGCGCUCGGUUAUAACAAUCGCAAUGGUUCGACGAAAGAUCUGCUCAGCGAAAAUGGCAGCAGCGUCUACCUGGAAACUUUAUCAGACUCAGAGAAGAAACAUCAGAGUAACGGCUACAGCAGCGGGGGAGGCGGGGGUGGUGACCCCGCAAGUGUCUACGUCACACCAGACCUGCCCAAAGAGAACAUCACCUACACGUGGAGUAACAUCAAUGUGUUCACCCGGACAGAACAGAGGCAGAACCGGGUGUUGAGUACGAUCGAAAACGUCAUACAGGGGAACAAACCACGGGGGAGGAAACACAUACUGAAGAAUGUAACUGGAGUGGCGUACCCGGGAGAACUCAUGGCACUGAUGGGCUCGAGUGGCGCAGGCAAGACAACUCUCCUCAACAGUUUGACCUUCCGUGCGCCAGUCGCUCUCAACGUAACAGGGUGUCGCGCCAUCAACGGAGUACCAGUAACUGCGAAUGCUCUGGGUGCACUGAGUGCAUACGUUCAACAAGAUGAUCUCUUCAUUGGAACACUUACUGUGCGAGAACACCUAAUUUUCCAGGCUCUAGUCAGAAUGGACAGGCAUAUUCCCUACAGUCAACGAAUGAUUAGGGUAGAAGAAGUCAUAAAUGAGCUCAUGCUCACCAGAUGUCAAAACACAGUCAUUGGAGUUCCAGGGAAGAUCAAGGGAAUCUCCGGAGGGGAAAUGAAGAGGUUAUCUUUUGCCUCUGAGGUUUUGACCAACCCACCUCUCAUGUUCUGUGAUGAGCCAACGUCAGGUCUGGACUCUUACAUGGCCCAAAAUGUAGUAACUGUCCUGAAGUCACUUGCGAACAAGGGCAAAACCAUCGUCUGCACCAUCCACCAGCCCAGCUCCGAGGUCUUCUCUAUGUUUGACAAGAUCUUGCUGAUGGCAGAAGGAAGAGUUGCAUUCCUAGGAACACCUCAAGAGGCUAUUGACUUCUUCAAAACAAUGGGAGCUGUUUGUCCGAGCCAUUACAACCCUGCUGACUUUUUCAUCCAGUUAUUAGCCGUCGUACCUAAUGCCGAGGAGUCUUGUCGUAACAUGAUUGAGAUGGUUUGUGACUCGUUCUCCACUUCAGAUAUAGGAGCAAAGAUAUCCACAAUAGCGGAGGUCAAGGGAGGUCCUCAGGUAAAGUCCAUGUGGACCUGGUCAGAUCCCUUCGCCAGCUCAGUGUCCAUGUACAAAGCCUCGUGGUACGCUCAGUUCAAGGCAGUGUUCUGGCGCUCCUGGCUCAGUGUCAACAAGGAGCCUGUCCUCAUCAAAGUGCGGCUACUGCAGACUCUGAUGGUGUCCCUGAUGAUCGGUCUGAUCUACUUCGGCCAGGACUAUGACCAGGAUGGAGUCAUGAACAUCAACGGCGCACUCUUUAUCUGCAUUUCCAACAUGACAUUUCAAAACGUCUUUGCUGUCAUCACGGUGUUUUGCUCAGAGAUGCCGGUGUUUAUGAGAGAACAUCAUAACGGGAUGUAUCGGACAGAUGUCUACUUCCUUUGCAAGACUCUAGCAGAGGUUCCCAUCUUCCUGGCAAUCCCUGUCCUGUUUACAGCGAUCAUGUACUACAUGGUGGGUCUGAACCCGGCACCUGCGAAGUUCCUACAGGCAAUGAUCAUUAUCACACUCGUGAGCAACGUAGCUACCUCCUUUGGCUACUUCAUAUCGUGUGUGAGUUCUAGCAUCUCAGUUGCGUUGUCCAUUGGACCUCCAAUAGUCAUUCCUUUCUUACUCUUUGGUGGUUUCUUCCUCAAUGUUAGGUCUGUCCCUCCGUACUUCAAGUGGCUGAGUAACUUGUCAUGGUUCAAGUACGGCAACGAAGCCCUUCUGAUCAACCAGUGGAGUGACAUUGAGUCCAUCGCUUGUACCCGGUCAAACACGACCUGCCCAAGGGACGGACUUGUGGUACUGGAGGAGUACAGCUUUAGUGUGAGCCACUAUUUGAUGGAUUACGUGUGGCUGAUUGUUCUCAUCAUCGGCUUCAGACUUACAGCUUUCUUGGCUCUUCUCUACAGAAGCUCUCGGAGAAGAUAAGGAAAACCUUGCUGUUAGAAGUAUUCCAAUUUGUAUGUUGUUGAGAGAAAUCUUAGAGCGAGAACAGGAGUCAUAAGUAAGGAGGUGUAUAGAACAACAAAGACAAUUUCCAGUGAAAUUUAGAAAGUUAUCAAACAUUAACCAUCAUGUCUUGCUCUUGAGCCAUAGUUAUCUCUGCAAUUGUGUUUACUCUUGUGUGUUUGUGAUUGAGGCUUCUAAAAAUUAUCAGCCACACUAAAAAAACCAAAUUGUUUACAUCCAGCGUGGAUAUGGUACAUAAUGUAUGUGUGUGUUUAGUAAAUCAAAUUUUCUGUGGUCUAACAAUGGUUUAUUACAAAAUGUGCCUUUUAUCUAUCAGCCACAAAACUAAAAAUAAAAUAAAGUGUGUUUUUGCCUGUAUGAUAUUUACCGAAACUCAAUUUGUGAUAUAUCUGUCCCUGUUCCUAGAACAGGAAAAUACAAGGACAUUACUAACUCGAUACUAUUUAUACUAUAGUAUAUAUUUUUAUAUCAUUAGGCAUAUUAGAACAUUUGGACUUUUCAUCAACAAAAUUCAGUUAAAAAGUUAUCGAGCCAUUGUGUAAAAACCUGUAUACACAAUUCCUUUGUUCAUGAUACUAGUAUUAUAGAUGUAGGUUAAAGAAAAACGUUGAGCUUUCUUAUAUAAAAUAGUUUUAUGUAAAUAAAUUAGGAUUUUUUAAUUGUAGCUAUCUUAUUUUGAAUACUCUGUCUUCAUUUAUACUAUCUUAGUUGUAGAAAUUUGUAGGUAGUUUAUUAAAAUAUCAAAAUUAUAAAUAAUAAAAGAACAUUUGUGUUUUAUAUUUUAUUUACUUAUAUUGAGUGUUUAAGAUAUGCAUAUAUUUAUUUUGUAUGUUAACAAUAAACAUGUCACAUUUUUA